CUCCCUCCUCCCUCCCGGGGGCCGAAGCCGCCGCCGCCGCCGCCGCCGCCAUGGACGAUUCCGGCCUGAUCCGCCGCCGCAGGCUGCAGAAGGAUCUGCCCUUGCCCCGGAAAAGCAGCAGGUGAGCCUUGGGGAGUCCCGCGCCGGGCAGGCCGCCCCUUCUCGGGUCCGGGUGGGGGCGCCAGGCUCGCGCGCGCGGGCGGGGCCUGAGGCGCCGGCGCCCCGCAGCGCCCCCUCCCGGUGGGCGACGGCCGCAGGGCCCGCCCCUCCCCCGCCCUCGCUCGCCCGCUGCGGCUCCAGCCUCCGCCCCGCGCGCUCGCUCCCCGCGCCGCCGCCGCCGCCGCACCUGCCACCAUGUCGCCGCCGCCGGGUCAUGUCUGACUCUCUCUGGACCGCGCUUUCCAAUUUCUCGAUGCCCUCCUUCCCCGGCGGCAGCAUGUUCCGCCGCACCAAGAGCUGCCGCACCAGCAACCGGAAGAGCCUCAUCCUGACCAGCACCUCGCCCACGCUGCCUCGGCCUCACUCCCCCCUGCCCGGCCACCUGGGUAGCAGUCCCCUGGACAGCCCCCGCAACUUCUCCCCCAACACCCCCGCCCACUUCUCCUUUGCCUCCUCCCGAAGGGCUGAUGGACGCCGGUGGUCUCUGGCCUCCCUGCCUUCAUCUGGCUAUGGCACCAACACACCCAGCUCCACGGUCUCGUCCUCCUGCUCCUCCCAGGAGCGCCUGCACCAGCUGCCCUACCAGCCCACGGUGGACGAGCUGCACUUCCUCUCCAAGCACUUCGGCAGCACCGAGAGCAUCACGGACGAGGAUGGCGGCCGCCGCUCCCCUGCCGUGCGGCCCCGGUCCCGGAGCCUCAGCCCCGGGCGCUCCCCCUCGUCCUACGACAACGAGAUCGUGAUGAUGAACCACGUCUACAAGGAGCGGUUCCCCAAGGCCACGGCGCAGAUGGAGGAGAAGCUGCGCGACUUCGCCCGCGCCUACGAGCCCGACAGCGUGCUGCCGCUGGCCGACGGCGUGCUCAGCUUCAUCCACCACCAGAUCAUCGAGCUGGCCCGGGACUGCCUGACCAAGUCCCGCGACGGGCUCAUCACCACCGUCUACUUCUACGAACUGCAGGAGAACCUGGAGAAGCUGCUGCAGGACGCCUACGAGCGCUCGGAGAGUCUGGAGGUGGCCUUCGUCACCCAGCUGGUGAAGAAACUGCUGAUCAUCAUCUCCCGCCCCGCGCGGCUGCUCGAGUGCCUGGAGUUCAACCCCGAGGAGUUCUACCAUCUGCUGGAGGCGGCCGAGGGCCACGCCAAGGAGGGUCUCCUGGUCAAGACCGACAUCCCGCGCUACAUCAUUCGCCAGCUCGGCCUCGCCCGCGACCCCUUCCCAGACGUGGUGCACCGGGAGGAGCAGGACAGUGAGGGCUCCAACACGCCCGAGCAGGAGGAUCUCUCGGAGGGCCGUAGCUCUACCACCAAGGCCAAGAAACCACCUGGGGAGAACGACUUUGAAACCAUCAAGCUCAUAAGCAAUGGCGCCUACGGCGCGGUCUACCUGGUGCGGCACCGGGAGACGCGGCAGCGCUUCGCGAUGAAGAAGAUCAACAAACAGAAUCUGAUCCUGCGCAACCAGAUCCAGCAGGCUUUCGUGGAGCGCGACAUCCUCACCUUCGCCGAGAACCCCUUUGUCGUCGGCAUGUUCUGCUCCUUUGAGACCCGGCGCCACCUCUGCAUGGUCAUGGAAUAUGUAGAAGGCGGGGACUGUGCCACUCUGCUGAAAAACAUCGGGGCGCUGCCGGUGGAGAUGGCACGGCUGUAUUUUGCCGAGACCGUGCUGGCGCUGGAGUAUCUGCACAAUUAUGGCAUCGUACACCGCGACCUCAAGCCAGACAACCUCCUCAUCACGUCCAUGGGCCACAUCAAGCUCACGGAUUUCGGCCUUUCCAAGAUGGGGCUCAUGAGCCUCACCACCAACCUGUACGAAGGCCACAUCGAGAAGGACGCCCGGGAGUUCCUGGACAAACAGGUGUGUGGGACCCCGGAGUACAUCGCGCCCGAGGUGAUCCUCCGCCAGGGCUACGGCAAGCCGGUGGACUGGUGGGCCAUGGGGAUCAUUCUCUACGAGUUCCUGGUGGGCUGCGUGCCCUUCUUUGGAGACACCCCCGAAGAGCUCUUUGGACAAGUCAUCUCCGACGACAUCCUGUGGCCCGAAGGGGACGAGGCCCUGCCCGCGGAUGCCCAGCUCCUGAUUUCCAGCCUCCUACAGACCAACCCCCUGGUCCGGCUCGGGGCAGGCGGCGCCUUUGAGGUCAAGCAGCACAGUUUCUUCCGAGACCUGGACUGGACCGGGCUGCUGAGACAGAAGGCCGAGUUCAUCCCCCACCUGGAGUCGGAAGACGACACCAGCUACUUCGACACCCGCUCGGACAGGUAUCACCACGUGAACUCCUACGAUGAGGACGACACGACGGAGGAGGAGCCCGUGGAGAUCCGCCAGUUCUCCUCCUGCUCCCCGCGCUUCAGCAAGGUGUACAGCAGCAUGGAGCAGCUGUCGCAGCACGAGCCCAAGACCCCGGUGGCGGCGGCGGGGACCAGCAAACGGGAGCCGGGCGCCAAGGGCCCCGAGGAGAAGGUGGCGGGCAAGCGAGAGGGGCUGGGCGGCCUGACCCUGCGGGAGAAGACGUGGAGAGGGGGCUCCCCGGAGAUCAAGCGCUUCUCGGCCUCCGAGGCCAGCUUCCUGGAAGGGGAGGCCAGCCCCCCGCUGGGGGCGCGCCGCCGCUUCUCGGCGCUGCUGGAACCCAGCCGCUUCAGCGCCCCCCAGGAGGACGAGGACGAGGCCCGGCUGCGCAGGCCUCCCCGGCCCAGCUCCGACCCCCCAGGCUCUCUGGAGGCGCGGGCGAGCAAGGAGGCGGCUGCAGGGGAUGGCACCCCUGGCGCCGGGGACCUGGAUGCCGGUGACCGCCAACACCCCGGCGACCUCUGCCCACCCUCGAAGGAGGGGGACCCAUCAGCCCCUAGAGCCACCAACGACCUGGUCCUGCGUCGGGCGCGGCACCAGCAGCUGUCUGGGGACCCUGUGGCAGAGAAGCGUCCUUCUCGAACGGGGGGCAAAGUCAUCAAGUCGGCCUCGGCCACUGCCUUGUCGGUCAUGAUCCCUGCAGUGGACCCCCACAGCAGCUCUCCCCUGGCCAGCCCCAUGUCCCCACGGUCUCUCUCCUCCAACCCGUCCUCCCGGGACUCCUCCCCCAGCCGGGACUACUCGCCGGCUGUCAGCGGGCUCCGCUCCCCCAUCACCAUCCAACGUUCCGGCAAGAAAUACGGCUUCACACUGCGCGCCAUCCGCGUCUACAUGGGAGACUCGGAUGUAUACAGCGUGCAUCAUAUCGUCUGGCACGUGGAAGAGGGGGGCCCAGCCCAGGAGGCGGGGCUCUGUGCCGGGGACCUCAUCACCCACGUGAACGGGGAGCCGGUGCACGGCAUGGUGCAUCCCGAGGUGGUGGAGCUCAUACUGAAGAGCGGCAACAAGGUGGCGGUGACCACCACGCCCUUCGAGAAUACCUCCAUCCGCAUCGGCCCCGCGCGGCGCACCAGCUACAAGGCCAAGAUGGCUCGGAGGAACAGGCGGCCCUCGGCCAAGGAGGGCCAGGAGAGCAAGAAGCGCAGCUCCCUGUUCCGGAAGAUCACCAAGCAGUCGAACCUGCUGCACACCAGCCGCUCGCUGUCGUCGCUGAACCGCUCGCUGUCGUCCAGCGACAGCCUCCCGGGCUCGCCCACGCACGGGCUGCCCGCGCGCUCGCCCACGCACAGCUACCGCUCCACGCCGGACUCGGCCUACCUAGGCGCCUCGUCGCAGAGCAGCUCGCCGGCCUCCAGCACGCCCAACUCGCCCGCGUCGUCCGCGUCGCAUCACAUCCGGCCCAGCACCCUGCACGGCCUGUCGCCGAAGCUGCACCGCCAGUACCGCUCGGCGCGCUGCAAGUCGGCCGGCAACAUCCCGCUGUCGCCGCUGGCGCACACGCCGUCCCCCACGCAGGCGUCGCCGCCGCCGCUGCCGGGCCACACGGUGGGCAGCUCGCACACGACGCAGAGCUUCCCGGCCAAGCUGCACUCGUCGCCGCCCGUCGUGCGCCCUCGCCCCAAAAGCGCCGAGCCCCCGCGCUCGCCGCUCCUCAAGCGCGUGCAGUCGGCGGAGAAGCUGGGCGCCUCGCUGGGCGCCGACAAGAAGGGCGCGCUGCGCAAACACAGCCUCGAGGUGGGCCACCCGGAUUUCCGCAAGGACUUCCACGGCGAGCUGGCGCUGCACAGCCUCGCCGAGUCCGACGGCGAGACGCCCCCCGUCGAAGGGCCCGGCGCGCCCCGGCAGGUCGCCUUGCGCCGCCUGGGCCGCCAGGAGUCGCCGCUGAGCCUGGGCGCGGACCCGCUGCAGCCCGAAGGCGCCCCCAGGCCGUCGAGCAAGGAGAAGGAGGCCCAGGGCGGCGGCGAGGCCUGCACCCCAACUCGCGUGACGACCCCCGGGGGCCGCACCCUGGAGCGGGACGCCAGUGGCACGCGGCAUCAGAGCGUGCAGACUGAGGACGGCGCGGGCGGGGCGGCCAGGGCCGUGGCCAAGGCCGCGCUGAGCCCGGUGCAGGAGCACGAGACCGGCCGGCGCAGCAGCUCCGGGGAGGCGGCAACGCCCUCCGUGCCCAUCGUCGUGGAACCCGCGCGGCCCGGGGCCAAGACCGAGGCUCCGCAGCCUCCGGGCUCGGACUUCAAGGGGCUGCCGGAACCUACGCCCUGGGUCCCACCGGCGCCCGAGGUCCCCCGGGGUCGGGAGCGCUGGGUGCUGGAGGUGGUGGAGGAGCGGACCACGCUUAGCACCCCUCGUUCCAAGCCCGUCUCCCCCAAGCUCUCCCCGGACCCCCAGACUCCUGCCCUAGCCCCGGCCAAGCACGCACCCAGAAGCCCGGCGCCCCCAGCCCCACCCGCUGCUCUCCCUGCCCCAGGCACUAAGCCUGAGGUGGGGCUGUCCUCCCGGUGCCCUGCUGAAGCUGUGCCCCCACCGGGCUUGACCAAAAAAGGGGCACCCUGCCCCGCACCCCCAGGCCCGUAGCCAGAAGGCCACUGGCCUUGUGCUGUACAGCUGCCUCUAUACAUAUGUACACAUAUAAAUAAAGUGCCACAGUGAU